AUGAUUACAGAUCGUAUCAAUAAGGAGCUUAUUACUACUGUUGGUGGUUUGAAUGUUCCGCCUGUAAUUAAGGACACGGUCAAGGGGGAGUUACCGCUGCUGUCGAUCGUGAUAGUAGUCGGCGGCCGUCGCAAAGUCCUGGCUGCGGUGGUUACGCUGCGUGUGACGGACGCGCACGCUGACGAGAAGAUAAAGGCGUAUCUGGAUGCUGGCUUGAAACGUGCCAACGCCCGCGCCACGUUAGGUGCGCAGACCACAACAUUUCGUUCUCGGCAACAGAGCUGA